AUGUCUGACGCUGAUUUCAAUUCAAAGGAUGUCGAAGAACACCUUCCACACGAACAGACCGUUGAUGUCACCCGUGUCGAGGCCCCAGUGACGUUCAAGGCUUACAUGAUGUGCGCCUUUGCUGCCUUUGGUGGUAUCUUUUUCGGUUACGAUUCCGGUUACAUUUCCGGUGUCAUGGGUAUGAACUACUUCAUUAGCC